CCAAGGAUUUUGAACAAAUUGGAAUUUUCCAAAUUGUUGCAGAGUCGUCGAUGGAAAACACAAGUGAUGCAAAUACAAGUUUCACCAAACUCUGGAAUAGUAACAGUGAUGGAGGAGUUCUUUCAAAAUCGGAAUUUGGCAAAGCUUUAUAUACCAAAGCUAUAUAUACUUUAUAUAACAGUAAUUUGAAUUUACCACAAGGCAAAGCCAAUUUAUCCAGAAGUAAUACAAAAACAUCAUGUUUCUUGAUUGGAGAUGAGACUGUCAACGAUUUAAUGGCAAUGAAUAAUAGAAUAUAUUACCCUCCAAACUUUAUUGAUACUGAACAAGAAAAUGAUGAUAUCAUUCAUGGAGCAUGGAGAAACGAAAUGUCUGGAAACGUUCCACAAAUGGAACGUAUAAGACUAAAUACAUAA